UUGGCUGCUAAGAACGUCAAUCCGCCAAGAUCGUCCGGAAGAAUGCUACAGCGUAUCCGUAGUCUGGCAGUCGGAAGAGCGCAAUGCUGGCCGCGUCCUCGUUGCCGACGCUCUGCUAUGCGUGGAUCGCGGUCGCACUCGUCACGUACGUGCUGCUUCAGUUUGUGACGGCGCCGUUCGGUCGACACACGUCCACUGCAUGGGGCCCUGUGCUCAACAACAAGGUCGGCUGGUGCCUCAUGGAGCUGCCGUCGCUGCUCAUCAUGGGCGGCUGCGCGUGGCGCGAGUACUACGUGGACGCCCGCCCGUCGUCCUCAUAUGCGUGGGUGCUCUACACGCUCUGGGUCGCCCACUACGCGAACCGGUCGAUCAUCUACCCGCUGCGCAUCGCGGCCACCCCCAAGCCGAUGCCGGUCCUUAUCGUCCUCUGCGCGUGUGGCUUCAACCUCGUCAACGCGGGGCUCAACGGCGCGUACUUGCUGCAUGCCAGCGCCGCGUACGAUGCGUCCUGGCUUGUCUCUCCGAGCACGGUUUUGGGUCUCUUGCUCUUUCUUGCUGGCAUGGCCAUCAACUGCAUCUGUGACACGAUGCUCAUCCGCCUCCGCAAGCCGAAUGAAACCGGGUACAAGAUCCCCCGUGGCUUCCUCUUUGAGCGCAUCUCGUGCCCGAACCUCUUGGGCGAGUGCAUCGAGUGGGCGGGCUUUGGCCUCAUGGCGUGGAACCCCGCGGCGACGACCUUUGUGCUCUGGACCGCCGCGAACUUGGUGCCCCGCGCCGCGAGUCACCACGCAUGGUACCAGUCGCACUUCAAGGACUACCCUCGCACGCGCAAGGCUAUCGUCCCGUUCCUCUACUAGUCCAAGGCCAAGUAUAUUCUCUCGGAUAUGGUUGACACAUUGACGUAAAGACGAGAUGAAUUUCCUGUAAAUAGGGUGGUGUUGAAGAACACCAAAUGAAAAUGAGUGCUCGC